CCCGGGACGCUAGCCACACCUGUCUCUUCAAUGAGGAUCUCAAGGCCGUUCAUGCUAUCACCCAUGGCGCCUCGAUCAAUUGGGCAAAAUUCGUCAUGAUUCACAUGGCGGAUUGCGCCUCCAUCACCACCGAGCGGAGCUUGCCAUACGCCUUCCUCGUCAUGGAUCUCAUUGUUGCCUCCGACAUCCACAUCGCCGGCCCGGACACGAAGAUGACGAAGAUUUGGAUCAUCCAAGAUAGCACCUUCCGGAAGAAGUCUGGUGACAGAACCGGCGCAGGACCCAGUCGGGCUUCAGCCCCCGCUCCCGCCAAGGCCUCUUUACAGUCCAUAGCCGAUACCCUAAAUCAGCUAACCAUCACCAUGGACGGCAUGGGCCAGUACCUGGAAAGGAUGGACUGGACGCUGCAACGCCAACACCACGACAUGACGGCGUUCUUCCGUGGCAUCAACUACGUCCCGCCGCCCUUUGACACCACCUUCCUUGGCCAGAACUAUGAAGGCGAGGACGAGGAGGAUAACUCCUAUGCUCCGUCCUCCUCCCCCGACGAAGCCGACUUUGAGGAUGCGGUCGACGGGGUUCCCAUGGACGUCGAGGACGACGAAGAAGGCGAUGACGCCGAGGAAGAGGACGCCGAUGCCUAGACUCUUCCUUCUCUCCUUUCCCUACUUUAAUUGCAAUUCCUUUAUCUAUUUCAAUUCCGUUGUACUCAGCACUUUCUCCUCUUUUAAUGAAUAAAAGUUUACUUUUAAACUCUAAAAGUUCACUUUAAAUUCUUUUUGUUAAUGUCAAAAGGGGGAAGAUAUCAAGGUUAUGCAUAAAUUGAGGGAAAUCUU